AUGCUAGGGGACGAUGGCGAGAUUGGAGACACUACCGCAUCUGGUUGGCUGAGAGCAGUGGACCCGGUACUACCACGGUCUGCAACGGGCUUUCAUCAAGGAACUCAUCUGAUGUCGUCGGUCAAAUUACCGGUCGCGGCUUCCAGCCGGGCAGGUGAGUUCAGUGAAGACAGCGAUGGGAAGCUACCAAACACCGAAAAUACAGUCGCGGAUGAACAGAGCACAGUCGAAUCAGCCGAAGAAAUCCGAAGACAAGCUUUAUCUGCAUUGACUCCUGAGGAGGAAAAGAAAUUGUUGAGGCGCAUUGAUUGGCACUUGAUGCCACUCUGUUCGUUAAUCUUCAUGUUCAAAAACCUCGAUGUCGACAAUGUGUCUAAUGCUCGUAUUAUGAAUCGUGGGACAAACCAGAACAUAAUGACACAGCUUGGAAUGACGGCAGAUGAUUAUAACCUCGUGACGGUUCUAUACUAUAUUCCCUACAUCAUCGGUGAAGCUCCUUCAAACCUGCUCCUCAAGAGAUUUUCACCUUCCAAAUGGCAAUCGCGAAUCAUGAUUACGUGGGGGGUCGUACUCGCUUGCCACUGCGCUGUUACAAACAAGGGCGGGCUAUACGCUGCGAGAUUCUUCCUAGGACUGGCCGAGGCAGGUCAGUUCCCUGGAGUUAUCCUGCAGAUGUGUUACUGGUAUCGUCCAGAUGAGAUGUCUCUUAGAUUGUUAUACUUUUACAUAUGCGGCAAUCUUUCAGGCAUUUUUAGUGGUAUCCUGGCCUUUGCUUUCGACCACGCAUCUGGCGCAUGUGGUCUCUCAGGAUGGCAAUGGCUGAUGCUGGCAGAAGCCAUAGCAACUAUAGUUGUCGGUUUUGCUAUAUGGUUUCUCCUUCCAGAUUUUCCCGAGACAGCGUCAUGGCUCUCUGACAGGGAGAAGGCGUUUAUACAAGCCAGACUGCCGCCAAAUGCGCCACGUGCAGCUGAACAGAACUUCAAUUGGGGAGAGAUCGUGCAGUCGCUCAAAGAUAUACGUUUGUGGCUAUUCACUCUCGUUUGGGCAUUCUACACAGUUGGAACAAGUGGCGUCAGGUUCUACCAAUCCACCGUGAUUGCAGACCUCGGAUUCACGAGCAUUGCAACCGCCCAGUUGCUGAACCUGCCAAUCACUCUACUCGGUCUAUUUGUUAUUGCUGUUACAGGAAUAUUCGCAGACAACGGCCGUCUACCCAGACCCUUAUAUCCGCUUUCCUUCCUAGUCAUUAUAUUGGCUUGCUAUUCCGUGAUGGUCAUCUACCCGAAUACAGGUGGUGUUUAUGCGGCAACUAUGAUCGGUAAUGCCGUGACUGCAGCCUGGUUUCCUACGAUGUGGCCGUGGCGCGUACAGACUACAAGUAGAGCCACCGGGUCAGCCUUCUCGAUAGGCUUCGUGAAUUCAUACGGCCAAAUUGGUGGGGCUAUAGGCCCACAACUGUUCCGGGCUGCAUAUGCGCCACGAUACCAGAUAUCUUUCGGCGUCGCCAUGGCACUUGUGGGCUGCUGCAUGAUCACCACGCUGAUUACGUGGUGGGUUACUAGAGACACGGAGAGGAACACGAGGAAGUCAAAGUUGGCCAAACUAGCAGCUGCAAAGAGGGGUGAAACUGCCUUUGAAGAUGUCAUCGAUGAAGAUCUGAGGAAGCGGCACAGCGUCCCUCAGCAGCGCUAG